AUGUCUGCCGCGCUACAGCAGUUCACGAAUCCAUACACCGCGUUCCCCACCGGCUCUGACACGGCGGCGUCCUCUACGCAGAUUUCCCAGUCGCAGACUUCCGGCCUGGACACCCUGGCGGAGGGUUCCCAGUAUGCUCUCGAGCAGUUGCAACUCACGCGACAGGCCGAAGUUAACGCCGGUUCUUCUUCCCACGAUGAGGUGCUGAAGUUCAAGGACCAUUCCUCCGCAUCGGAAUCCGCUGGUUUCAAGGUCCCUGUACGCCGGACUUCCGUCACCGAGGCACGUUCUUCCGGCGUCCGCAAGAAUUCAGCUUCAGCUCCCGUCCGCCGGCGGAUCAGUCGCGCCUGCGAUCAAUGUAAUCAGUUGCGGACUAAAUGCGAUGGGCAGCAGCCGUGCGCACAUUGCAUAGAAUUCGGUCUGACCUGCGAAUAUGCUCGAGAACGGAAGAAGCGUGGGAAAGCGUCGAAAAAGGACCUGGCGGCAGCAGCAGCCAAAGCCGCUGCCGCUGCUACUGCGGGGAAUAAUAGUACUACGGCGACUAGUACGACUAAUGCUCAUUCCAAUGAGAGAGAUGCCUCUGCCCCCACGAAUGGUCAAGAGUCUCCGGAUAAAUCAUCCCCGCCAGAAGCCCAGGGUAGAUACGACUCGGCGUUCGAUCCGACACGGAGCGUUGCCAACCUGCCAAGCAAUUCACGACCACAGCAAACACCGUCGUCGCAACCACAACCGCAGAUGGCAGCAGGCAUGGAAAAUCUGCCCAUGAACGACUACGGGCAAUUGCAUGACGUGAACCGUUCCUCCAUGCAGAUGCCCGAUCUGCGAUCGUUGCAGGCCUUGCCCUCGUCUGCUUCGAAUCAGCGCACCCCACCACCUCCUUUACUUCCUCAGACUUUCAAUAGCGGUUUUCAUAACAGUACAUAUGGCUUGAUGAAUCCGCAGGACCAGAAUCAUGCGAAUAUCAACGGAUACCGGCUAGGCGAAGAUGCUUCAGCACCAUUCAUUGGACUCACCCCGCCCGCUCAGUCGCCGGGAUGGCUUUCCUUACCGCCCCCCUCACCUGCAAACUUUCCAUCAUUUAAUAUGCCCACUGGUGUUCCUAGCACCUUGAAAUAUCCCGUUCUGCAGCCGGUUCUCCCGCAUAUAAGGCACAUCAUUCCCGAAUCGCUUGCCUGUGACCUUCUGGAGCUCUACUUUGCCAGCACGUCCUCGUCGCAUAUGUUCCCGCGAUCGCCGUACGUCGUCGGAUACGUCUUUCGAAAGCAAUCAUUCCUGCAUCCUACUAGACCCCGGGUGUGUAGUCCGGCUCUUCUGGCCAGCAUGCUCUGGAUCGCCGCUCAGACGAGCGAUGCAGCGUUAUUGACGUCUCCUCCGUCCAAACGCGGACUCAUCUGCCAGAAACUGUUGGAGGUAACCGUGGGUUUGCUCCGUCCGUUAAUUCACGGACCAGCUCCUGGGGAGACCUCCCCGAAUUAUGCAGCGAAUAUGGUGAUCAACGGUGUCGCGCUGGGCGGAUUUGGUGUCUCCAUGGAUCAGCUGGGUGCUCAGAGCACUGCGGCCGGAGCGAUCGAUGAUGUGGCCACCUACAUCCACCUGGCCACGGUCAUAUCGGCGAGUGAGUACAAAGCUGCCAGUGUUCGCUGGUGGGCCGCAGCCUGGUCACUGGCACGGGAGUUGAAACUGGGUCGAGAGCUGCCGCCCACCGCGUCUCAACCCCGACAAGACGAGCGAGACGGUGACGUCGAUCAACAUGCUACGCAAUCGGCGAUCCCGCUGGCGGGCAGUACGGCCAGCACAACCGGGCAAGUGACCGAGGAAGAGCGCGAGGAACGCAGACGCAUAUGGUGGCUGCUCUAUGUGAUGGAUCGUCACCUCGCACUCUGCUACAAUCGACCGCUGACUCUGCUAGAUAAAGAGUGCGAGAGCCUCUUGCAGCCGAUGAAUGACGAUGUCUUCCAGGCGGGUGAUUUCGCCAACGCCGGGUAUCGGCGCGCCGGGCCGCCCAUCGAAUGUACGGGGCAUAGCAUGUUUGGAUACUUCCUGCCGCUGAUGACCAUUCUGGGCGAAAUCGUCGAUCUGAAUCAUGCGCGCAACCAUCCUCGGUUUGGCGUGCAUUUCCGAAACAGCAGUGAAUGGGAGAGACAGAUGGCGGAAAUAACCCGCCAACUCGACGUGUACGGGCAAAGUUUGCGCGAGUUCGAAGCUCGUCAUACCAGCAGUCUUGGUCUCGGCAACGAAGCUGAAGCGGGUUUUGACGGCCCGUCUGUCGACCAUGUCAGUCCGUCUGGACGCUCGACCAGUACGGCGGGAUCGCGAGUGAACGAGUCGCUCAUGCAGACGAAGAUGGUUGUUGCAUACGGAACGCACAUUAUGCAUGUUUUGCAUAUUCUGCUGACCGGCAAAUGGGACCCGAUCUCUCUGUUCGACGACAACGACCUGUGGAUUUCCUCGGAAUCGUUUGUCACCGCCAUGGGCCAUGCUGUGCAGGCGGCCGAGGCAGCGGCCGACAUCCUGGAAUAUGAUCCCGACCUGAGUUUUAUGCCGUUUUUCUUUGGCAUCUACCUCUUGCAGGGGAGCUUUUUGCUGCUGCUGACAGCGGACAAGCUGCAAGGGGAUGCCAGUCCGAGCGUGGUCAAGGCGUGCGAGACGAUUGUCCGUGCUCACGAAGCUUGUGUCGUAACCCUGAAUACAGAGUACCAGCGAAAUUUCCGCAAGGUCAUGCGAUCGGCUCUCGCGCAGGUCCGCGGACGGAUCUCGGAAGAUUUUGGCGAGCAGCAACAACGCCGACGAGAAGUGCUUGCUCUCUACCGCUGGACCGGUGAUGGGACCGGCCUUGCGUUAUGA